UUAUAGCUAGCUAUGUUGUUAACGUUUGCAGUUACACGUGCUGGUAUUUUCCCGUACAAUGUUCCAAUUGUGACUUACUUUUAGGCCAGAACUGUUUUGAUAGCAACUAUAAUCUUCCGCUUGAUGGUGUUUGAAGUUUACCAUUUGGCUUCUCUUUAAAGGAAAUGGCUCGUUUGCGAAUUGAAACCCACUGUUUGUUGGUAGCUACAUCAUGGGAGCUUACUUGUCGCAACCCAACACAGUGAAGUCCUCUUCCAAUGGUGGAAACCAAAAGAUGAGCUUCGGCUUUGCAGCCAUGCAAGGCUGGCGUGUCUCUAUGGAGGAUGCUCACAACUGCAUUUUAGAACUGGAUGAUGAAACGGCCAUGUUUUCUGUGUAUGAUGGACAUGGAGGUGAGGAAGUUGCAUUGUACUGUUCCAAGUACCUACCUGAUAUCAUUAAAGAACAAAAGGCUUACAAAGAUGGCAAACUGCAAAAGGCUUUGGAGGAUGCAUUUCUGGCAAUUGAUAGCAGGGUGACCACAGAGGAAGUGAUCAAAGAGCUUGUUCAGAUAGCUGGCCGCCCACAAGAGGAAGCACCAAAUGAAAAAGUUGCUGAAGAAGAUGAUUUGGACAAUGAGGAGGCAGAGCUUUUGCAUGAGGAGGCCACCUUGACCAUUGAAGAGCUGCUCGUUCGCUACGGACAGAACCGCAAUGCACUCAAACACAAGAAGCUCUGUCCGGAGGGCAACAAAGAGUCUGGGGAAGGUGAACCACAUUCCUAUGGGGAGAAGGGCAUCAAUGGAGAAGUGGAGGGUGAGAUGGACAGCAAUGGGAAGGCCAAGGCUGGUGGUGGUGCAGGAUUCUCCAAGCUGCGGGCCUGCAGGAGAGCAGGAGGGGACAGCUCUUCAGCGACAGGAGCAGCAGGGUCCUGUGAAGGAGAGAAGGACACCGGGCCUUCCUGCUCUUCCUCAGCGGCUCCGGCUCCGGGAGACACCAGCUCCAAGUUCUUUGAGGACAGUGAUGAGUCGGGGGAAGAGGAAGAUGAGGGAAGUGAAGAGGAGGAUGGCAGUGAGGAAGGUGAAAGCAGUGAUGAUGAAGAGGAAGACACUGAAGAGGGAGAGGAUGAGGAGGAAGAGAUGUGCUACCCUGGAAUGGAUGGGAAAGAAGAGCCUGGCUCAGACAGUGGCACUACAGCGGUGGUGGCUCUGAUCAGAGGGAAACAGCUGAUUGUGGCAAACGCCGGGGACUCCCGCUGUGUGGUGUCUGAGAAGGGCAAGGCCAUAGACAUGUCCUACGACCACAAGCCAGAGGAUGAGCUGGAGCUGGCCAGGAUAAAAAAUGCUGGGGGAAAGGUCACCAUGGACGGCCGCGUCAACGGAGGACUCAACCUCUCCAGGGCCAUCGGCGAUCACUUUUACAAACGAAACAAGGCCCUUGGCCCAGAGGAGCAGAUGAUCUCCUCAAUGCCUGACGUCAAAGUGCUCACCCUCAACCCGGAGCAUGACUUCAUGGUCAUUGCUUGCGACGGAAUCUGGAACGUCAUGAGCAGUCAGGAUGUUGUGGACUUUGUCAGUCAGAAAAUAAAGCCUGAUGCCAGUGGCGUUGCCAGGCCUCUGUCCUCCAUAGUUGAAGAGCUACUUGACCAUUGCCUUGCACCUGAUACGUCUGGAGAUGGUACAGGCUGUGACAACAUGACCUGCAUCAUCAUCACGUUUGGCGCUCACCCUGGCAACAGCAUGGCCGACAUCACCAAUAAGAGGAAGCCUGAAGAGAUUAUCCCAGAGAAGAACGGGAAUGACAGCAAGAAGUCAAAAAGCCAAUAGAACUGCCAAUAAGUAGAAUAGCUCCAGUCCUUUUCACAAGCCAGGACUUUUUCUCUGGAAACUUUUAAAGACAGUGGUCUCUGGAAUAGGAUGAGUUUUAGUUAAUGAUACAAGAUACAAGAAUAAAUGGAAAACAGAAAAACAUUUUCUUGGUGUGUAAUUGAUUUUGCUUAUCUGCCCCAUUGGAAACGUGACUCCUAGUGUACUGUUUGUCACCACGCCCUUUAUGUAUAUACUUGUUAAUUGAAUAAAUGCAUUUUCUUUAAUUAUG